GAACCUGAGCCUCUGUGACCAAAGAGCAAGAGAGACAUCCCUGAAUUGCCCCGUUUGCCUCCUCGCUCACUCGGACCACUUCUCCCCGCUUUCAGAGGUUUAUGGGUGGGUUUAUGACUAUGCAAAUAGGUUCAGAAAAGUGAAAACAGGGACAAAGCAAUGGACUUCGAGAAGAGGAAGGCGGCAACGCUAGCUUCUCUUAGCUCAGUGGAAGCUGAUAAAUCGCCAAAAGGCUCCUUGGACACACCCAUCAUCCCUCUCCUCAACACCAUCAAUCAACACCCUUGUUUCUACACUACCAGUUCAUGCUCUGGCCGAAUCUCUAUCCUUUCGCAACCUUUAUUGAACCUCAACACUGAUGAGCAAAAACCCAAGAAAAAGGCUAGAGGAGGUUCUUGGCUCUUCGUCUCCCACGAUCCUGCUGAUCCUGAUUCAAUACUCAACCUCCUUUUCCCCUCCAAGCCAACUCCGUCUUCUGUUUCAACUGAGCCGUCUGAACUUGUCUUCAGAUUCGAGCCCCUCAUCAUUGCUGUUGAGUGCAAAGACCUCUCUUCGGCCCAGUCGCUUGUUUCUUUGGCUAUUUCUUGCGGGUUCAGGGAGUCGGGCAUUACUAAUGCUAACAAGCGUGUGAUUAUAGCAAUUCGGUGUUCGAUAAGAUUAGAGGUGCCUCUAGGGGAUACUCACAAGAUUAUGGUGCCGCCUGAGUAUGUUCGGUACGUUGUUGAAGUCGCAAAUGAUAAAAUGGACGCGAAUAGGAAGAGAACCGAGAGGUUUUUUGGAUUGUUGCAGUCCAAUGGCUUUGUAGGAUUUAUGGCUGCGGAUAAUAGUAAUAAUAUGUCUAUAAAUGAGUCAUUGAAUCCUACUGAUGUUUCCGUGCAUGAAGAAGGCCUCGCUUGUGAUAAUGAUUUUCCUGGUUGUAGUCUGCAGAUCGUCCAUAUUGAAAUUGUUGGUGAAUCGGCAGAAAAGCUUUUCCUUUGGGGUCAUUCUGCUUGUGCCUUGGAUAAUGCCAGCCACAACAAAGUAGUCGUGUUUGGUGGCUUUGGAGGCAUGGGGAGACAUGCAAGAAGAAAUGAUUUAUUGCUGCUUGAUCCAUAUUCUGGUAAUCUGGAAACAAUCAGAACUGUUGGUGAUUUGUCAUUAUCUCCCCGCCUAGGCCAUACAUCUUCCCUGGUUGGAGAUGACAUGUUCUUGAUUGGAGGCCGGACUGGCCCUGAUAAGAUUCUGAGCGAAGUUUGGGUCCUUGAUACAGCUAAGAAUUGUUGGAAGUUAAUGCAAUGUGGAGGCAGUGACUUUCUUCCCAGGCAUCGUCAUGCUGCAGCUGUUGUGGGCUCAAAUAUUUAUAUAUUUGGGGGACUCGAUAAUGAUAAUAUAUUUUCCUCCCUUUAUAUUCUCGACACAAUUAACUUAACGUGGAAAGAGGUGCCAAUUUCUGGGGACUGGCCCUGUGCUCGUCAUUCUCAUGCAAUGGUGGCACAUGGUUCUCAGAUCUUCAUGUUUGGUGGACACAAUGGUGCAAAAGCACUUAAUGAUCUGUAUAGCUUUGAUAUUCGGAAGGGUCAGUGGAAAAAAGAAAAGACCACUGGAAGGAAUCCCCAUGCUAGGUUUUCCCACUCAAUGUUUGUCUAUAAAAAUUAUCUUGGAGUUAUUGGUGGUUGUCCAGUUAGACAGAAUUUUCAAGAGGUGGCUUUACUUGAUUUGAAGCUUCGCCAAUGGAAGCAUGUAACCCUUAAUUCUGUUGGCAAGGAUUUAUUUGUGCGCGGUACAGCUUGUGUCAUUGGCGAUGAUCUUGUUAUUGUUGGUGGUGGUGCAUCUUGCUAUGCAUUUGGAACCAAGUUUAGUGAGCCAGCAAAAGUUAGUUUGCUCCCUUUAAUGCCUUCGUGUGAUGAUCAUAUAGAUGUUAAAAACAAAACAGUGCUUAUCAAUAAUCAAAAUGAUGGGGAAAAUAAGACUAUGAUCCAAAAUUUUGAAGAACCGCAACUUGAGCAUGUACUGGAUAUAGCUGACAAUGGUAGCAUGCAUCCUGAUGAUGAAUCACCUGUCACAAAUGACCAAUUUCAGAUGGCUACAUCACAUCAUGUUCUGAAGCUAGACAAGAGAUUUGCAAAAUUAGGGAAGGAUAUAUUGAAAGAAUUUGGAUGGUUGGACCUAAGUAGGAAAGCAUACUCACAGGAGGAUGGAUUACAUAUCUGUUUUCCUGUGAGUAAUGAUUUUUUUCAUAUAUUUCAUGCAAGGAAGAAUCGUUCAGGAGACACAAUUGAAGGAAAAGAUGAAAUCUCCAAGACAUCUAAAGGAAAUGGAUGCAUGUUGAGUGACUUAUCUGGUCCAAAAGCCUUGAGUCUUUUACAUGAAUAUGGUGCAAAUAUACAGGAAGACGAAGUUGUUGAAGUCAGAAAAGCUGCAAAAACUCCUUUGAAAGUGAUGACUGAAGCAAUAGCCACUUUGAUUGAGCAACAUGGCCUCCCUGCGCGGCUGCUAGAGGAAUUACCGACAAGGUGGGAUCGACUUGGAGAUAUUGUUAUACUUCCAACUACGUCUUUCAAAGAUCCAACGUGGAACUCCAUUGCAGAAGAGCUUUGGCCCACUGUUGCCAAAUCACUUAAGGCGAAUCGCCUUGGUCGCCAGGGGCCAGUUGCAGCAAACGGUACAAGAGAUAGUACAUUGCAGAUUCUCGUUGGAGAUAAUGGAUGGGUUGGCCAUCGGGAAAAUGGAAUACUCUAUUCUUUUGAUGCUAGCAAGUGCAUGUUCUCAUGGGGCAAUCUUUCUGAGAAGCUUCGGAUGGCCCGAUUAGAUUGUCAGGAUGAGAUUAUAGUAGAUCUGUUCGCAGGCAUUGGAUACUUUGUGCUGCCAUUCCUUGUCAGGGCCCAGGCAAAAUUUGUAUAUGCUUGUGAGUGGAAUCCUCAUGCCGUAGAGGCGCUCAAACAUAAUCUGAAAGCAAAUUCUGUGACUGACCAAUGUCUCAUUCUUGAGGGAGAUAAUCGAAGUUUGGCUCCCAAAGGUGUUGCUGAUAGAGUUUGUCUGGGUCUCCUUCCGUCUAGUGAAUGUAGUUGGGUCACAGCCGUGAGGGCCUUAAGGAGUGAAGGUGGAGUGCUACACGUGCAUGGAAAUGCAAAGGACACGGAGGAAGGCCGGUGGACAGAGCACUUGUUGAAGUCAAUACAAGAAAUUGUUAGGUCUGAAGGUUAUUGUUGGGAAGUUUCUAUAGAACAUGUGGAGAGGGUUAAGUGGUAUGCUCCACGCAUUCGCCACCUUGUUGCAGAUGUAAGAUGCAGACAGACCCAAAGAUAGGGAAUGGCAAUAUAUUCAAAAGUCUUCGGAUAUACCAUCCUCAGUUAUAGAGCCUCUGCUGAUCUACUCUGAUCCCAGUCCACACACACAAAUGCCUAAUCUGAAUCAUGCAAGUCCAAAGAAUGCUGUGGAACAAGUGAACGAACUGAGUUAAUUGGACUGGUAAAUGUUGUAGAUGAAGCAGAAAGGAGAUUGAAUGGAUAGUUUCUGGUUUUGGUAGUGAUAAUUUAUAUUGAAGUUUCUGUGCCGUUUGCUGCAUAUGCUAUUGCGAUUUGUGUUCUUAAUGCUCAUCUUUAUGUUUCGAAAUGGGUCUUUUAUCUGGUUUCUAAAAAGA